AAAAAAAAAUUUCCUUUAUUUCCCCCCCCAAAAAAAAAACUAGGUGCGUCCUAUGGGCCGGUGCGUCCUAUGGGGCGAAAAAUACGGUAUAUGUAUAUAAGAAAAGAUUUUGCUAACUCCUUGUUGUCCAAAUGCACUUCAUAUAUUGAUGAAAAGCUCAAUUCUAAAGGAGAUUAUGAUGAAACCUACUGCAUUGACCUUUUGUGUAUGAUCAAUGAGACGCUUCAACAGCCUGAUGUUCAAAAACAUCAUACAACCCCUGGCUUCGAAGUGGACCUUAAGCUCCACAUCGUGGGAGAAGCAGCUCAUGCAUUUCAAAGGAGACACGAAGAAUUUGUUAAGGAAAAUGAUCCUCACAUGCGCCUGGGAAAACUGAAACCCCACUAUUUUGCAAUUUUCAGAAAUCUUUAUCAGGAAAAAGAUGCCCAUCACAUCCAAGCUAAAGAUUUCUGUGAAAUGUGUCUCCAUCCUGCUAUAGUGAAUUAUGUCAACAAUAGACUUGGAGUGGAAAUAGUGGACCACUUUCACAAUAGUGAGCAGUCUAUUGACUUUGGCUCUCGGAGUUUUUUCCAGUUUACUAUCCUGAAGGAUCUGUUAAAUGAAUGGGAUUUUGACCAAUAUAUUGAAUACAUCACAACCUAUGAAAAGUUUGUCAAGAGUUGGAUAUGGAAAAGAAUGGUGGAUUACUAUACAAAAAAUGAGGAUCUGAAGAAUCUGGAGGAAAACAUUUUCUCUGCAAUACUAGACAAAAUUAGAAAAACAUUGGAGAAGCUGAAGCAUCAAGGUGCUGCGACAAUCUCAGAAUUUGUGCAGGAUUUUUUCCAAGAAAUGCAGAAGGAGUUAGUCAUUCCUAAGGAUAGUUUGGUGGGGACACACAUGAAACAGGCAUUUGAUCCUGGCCACUUUGCUUUUGUUGAAAGCUUCCUUCCUAAUUUGCAAGAACAAAUAUUAAGCAGAUUUAGAGACUUGGAUAUCAAAUCCAAACUCUCUGAACUGCCUGUGAAGCCCCAAGACGAAAUCUUCAAGCAAAUGUUUGGCUGUGGGAAGCAGUGUCCCUUCUGCUACACCCCCUGUGAAGCUGGAGGGAGUGCUCAUCAGGAGCAUUUUGCAACAAUCCAUCGACCUCAAGGAUUUGGAAGAUUCAGAUAUAUAGAUUCAGAAAAGCUGGUAUGUUCUCUGUGCUCCACCGAUGUGUCCACCAAUCAAGUGUUCCAGAAUCAGGACACAAAUUGGGAAUGGCAUCCGUACAAAGAGUACCGUACGUAUUAUCCAGACUGGCGUAUCCAACCUGAUCCCAGUAUCAAAGCUUCUGAUUACUGGAAGUACAUUUUCAAAAUGUUCAAUGAUGCCUUUGCCAGAAAGUACAAGGCUAAACCAGCUGAUCUGCCAGAGGACUGGGGAAAUAUAACCAAAGAACAAGCACUGAAGGCCUUAGAAGAUACAAGUUGUAACCAACACCUCCAUCAGAAUGCUUGCCUUAAAGACCUGGAAACAAAAGUGGUUUCAAACAAGUUUUUGCAUUCACAGAUUGCAUCUAAUUUUAUUAAAUGUAUGCCAUUUUUGUAUGAAAAUCUCAGAUGUUAUGCACAGCCACCAAACAUAAUGUGA